UGUCUCUGGCCAAACCACCACUUGUUUCGCCAACUGCCAAAUUCAUAGAUUCAUCAAAGAAUAAUAAAACAAGACCAGAAAAUCCAGCAUUAAAAUCGAUAAUUAAACAUCAUACUCGCGCUCAUAGUGCCAAUUCUAUACCAAGUCCAAUUAAUUCUUCUCAGAACGGAACAGCUGUCAGGGGCAGUAGACCACUCCCACCAUUACCAACACACAAAUCGACAUCGUCGACGGUAUCUGCGACAGCAACCAGUCUACCAUCGAGGAGAACUAACUUGUUUCAGCCGGUGUCUCAGAUCGAAAUGUCUCCAAAUCAGCAAGCUUUUAAUAGAGUUGUAAUGCCACUUCCAAUAUUGUCUCCUGAGGGAAAUCAAGAAGAUUCACAAAAUUCAAAUGAAAUUCAACAAUAUUAUGAAUCAGAUGAUGAUGAUUAUAAUAAAGCAUUUGGUGAAGAUGAAGAAGACGGUUUUAAUAAUACGUUGAAAUUAAACACACUGCUUUCAAGUAAUAGCUGGUUUGGAAACGACAAUAGUGAUGAAGAUGACCCUUUUGCUGAGAUGGAGGAAAAUUUUGAUGAAAUGGAUAUAAAUGUACAUAUUGCCAGAGAUAAAUAUGCGCGCGCUUGUUCGCGAUUGGAAGAGCUAAUCAAUGCUUUACAUCCUAAUGAAAGCGAAGAUCGAUUGGUAAUCUCAUGUGUUCAAAUAAUUGAUUUAUUGACGGAACAUAAAGAGCUUAAAAACCAUUUUAUCAUCUUUCAUGGUGUAAUUCCGAUCAUAGAAAUGCUAGAAAUAUGUUCGUAUGCAAGCGUUCUUUCAAGAUUACUCAAAAUAGUUAAUAUCAUUAUUGCAAGUAAUAUUAAUCUUCAAGAGAAUCUCUGUCUUGUGGGUGGGAUACCCGUCAUUAUGAACUUUACUUCGAAACGAUAUCCUUAUGAAAUUCGUGUAGAAGCUGCAAUAUUUAUACGUCAGAUUUGUCAUACUUCACCUGUUAUUCUUCAAAUGUUUAUUUCUUGUCGAGGUUUAAAAGUUCUUGUCGAAUUUUUACAAGAGGAUUAUAACGAACAUAAGGAAUUAGUAUGGAUAGCGGUGAAUGGAAUAUAUGGAGUAUUUGAACUCCAGAGUCCAACUCCGAAAAAUGAUUUUUGUAGAUUACUGGCGAAAAAUGGAUUAUUGGACCCAUUAGCUGUCAUGCUUCAUCACGUAAUUUCGGAUAAGGAUCCAUCGGCUGGUGUAUAUGUAGAGAGAAUCGUUAAUAUAUUUUUAAUGUUCUCGCAGGGUGAUGCAUAUGUUAAAGAAGUCAUGGCAACACGGACAAGGAUUGUCACUAAAAUAUUUGAUAAUUUGGACAAAUUAUCACCAAACCUUACUGUAGCGAUGCUUAAAUGUAUAAAGAAUAUUUCAAUGAAUUCAAAUACUUUAGAAGCUUUACAAAAAGCAAAGGCAAUUCAAGUUCUUACUGCAAUCUUAGAUAAACAAGGACCACCUUAUGUGACUGAAAUUUCAAAUCAAGUACUUAACACAAUGUUUAAUCUUUGCCGAAUUAAUAAAUCAAGACAAGAAGAAGCUGCCAAGGUUGGAAUUAUUCCCCAUUUAAAAUAUUUUGCAUCUAACAAAACACCUCUUAAGCAGUUUGCAUUACCAAUACUUUGUGACAUGGCCCAUACUGGACAAGUUUGUAGAGAUUUGUUAUGGAAACAUAACAUUUUACAACUUUAUCUUGAUUUAUUAGUUGAUCCUUUCUAUCAGGUGAAUGCUUUAGAAGCUAUUCUUGCAUGGAUCCAAGAAGAAACAUCAAAAGUUGAAUCCGUACUUCUUUUACCCAAAAAUAUUGAACUUAUUUUGGAAGCGUUCAUUAUGGCUAAGGCGAAUUCAUUUGAGAAUAUCCUGGAACCAUUGCAUAUAAUUACUCAAUUAUCAACAUCUAUCGCCUUUGCACUCGCACAGCCAAAAUUCUUUAAGCGUUUAUUACACCGACUCGGACAUCCAAAACCAGUCGUAAGACUAAAUUUGUUAAGAAUAUUAAGAUCUAUAUGUGAUGUACAUCCACAGCGUGAAGCUAUAGCUGAACGAUAUGGAUUAUUUGAGAUCACUUCUCGUAUGAGCAGAGAAGAUCCUGCUGUGUUAAUACGAGAACUUGCAAGAGAGAUUUUAUCCCAAGGAUACUUUUCUACUUCAAUAACAAAGAAAAACUCUAAUAAUGAAAUAGCAACCAACAAAAAAGAACCUAGAAUAAUAGAAGAAAAUGAUACUAAUCUCAGUGAUGUAGAAGAUAAUGAUGCUCGAGAUGACAUUUCAUUGCAGGAAGAUAUCACAUCGACUAAAGGAUCUCGAAGACGUGCAUUAUCAUCACCUCCAUCAUCAUAUAAACCUUCUACUUUAAGAUCAACUACACAACGCCCGUUAUCAGUGUCCUCAUUAUCACCAUCUAUUGUAUCAUAUCAGCAAGGAAGCAAAUCAAGCACAUCAUCACAAUCAAUCAAAACACCUCCAUCGUCAGUUACAUCAAUGUCGUCUUCACGAAGGAAACAUCGAAUGUCUUGGUCAUCACAGAUACCAGUUCCAGAUACAACUAAUGUCGAAGAUUCAACCACUGAAACAUCAGCAAACACACUUAAUGAAAACGAGACAAGGCUUCAACAAAUAAGUUCAACCUCAAACACAUCUACAGCAUCAUUGGAUUCAUCAUUACCAUUUCCAUAUCAACAUAUAAGAAAACGUGAUAGCUCUAGAAAGAUCAGGGCAUUAUCACAUAAUCGAAGUUAUAACAGUCAAAAUAUUAAUUCAAAUGAGAUUGCGGAACACUACCAAAAUCGUGAAAGUCACUCUACUAUAAAUUUAAGUUCGAGCGGUAUGAAAAAUGUAAGUGCAGCAGGAAGCACGAACGGAUCAGUUAACAGUUCCUUAUCUAAAUCUUCACAUCCUGGUGGUGUGUUAGGUUGGUUGAAAAGGAGGGUUAGUAAGGAUGGUAGUUCGCUUGGAAAACCCGGAAAAACAAAGGGUAUUAAGAAAGCGAAUUCGAAAAGUAAGUUGCAGGAGUCCGUUAUAAUUCUUAAUGAUGAAAAGAGCGAGGAAAAAUGA